GUCAAAGAUUUCUGGGAAGUUCAGCACCUGUCAAUAUUCCAGGUUCUCUUGUUCAUUCCUCAUCUUUACAUUCAUCAUCAUCCCUUUCAACCUCUCCACUCAGUUCUCUUUCACAAUCACUGUCUCAGUCUUUUGUUUCAUCCACUACGGCUCCUCACCACCAGCUGCCUCAGCCUUUGAAGACAGAACAUAGUAUGUUAGGCACCUCAGCCUCUUCUCACAACUCUUUAGGUUUAAAUGGUGUUACAGGGAGCAUUUGGGACUUUGUAACUGGGAGUUUCUCUCCUAGUCCUUCCCCAGUACUAAGCAGUGGUACUGCCCCCUCAAUAAGUUCAAACACCAGUGAAAACGAACUAACUCGAGUUAGACAGGAACUUGGUGAUGCCAAGAGAAGACUAAAACAAUGGGAAGAAUCUUGGCAACAAGUAAAACAGGCAUGUGAUGCAUGGCAGAAAGAGGCUCAAGAAGCAAAAGAACGUGCUAACAUUGCAGAUGCGGACAAACAACUGGCUCUUCAGAAGAAAGAGGAAGUGGAAAAUAAAUUUAAAAAGCUGAAGGCACAAUUAGCUGCUUGUCUAUCUACUACAUUACCUUAUACGAAAAACGGUGGAGAUACAGAAAAUAUAUCCUUGCCAAAGCUUUGUUCUUUACAAAAUCAGCUGCACUUAGAUUUAGAAACAUUAGAUGAGGUGAUUUUUCAGCUUCAGUCAAAGAGGUGUGUUGUAUGUCAGGAAGGUGAUCGUAGCAUUAUCCUGAAUCCGUGUCAACAUUACGUACUUUGUGAUCACUCUGCAGCUGCACAAGAAGAGUGUCCCUGCUGCAAGAAAAAAAAUAUCUGUGUGAUGAAUCUUGAAAAUGAUGAUACGUUGGCCUGUAGCAAUAUCAGUACUGAAAAUUUUGCAGGUGUUCCCUGUAAGUUUCUUUGGGGUUCAAGGCUGAGACUGGCGUGUCCUGUUCCCGUGGCCACAGACCCGGCGGCCCGGGAGCGCUCCUUUCUCCUCCUCGAUGCUCGGAACAGGACGGUCGGGUUGGUGCGGCCGCCCGGCGGCCAAGGUGCGGUACUGCAGCGCCCCGUGUCCCAGGCGGCCGACCCCUG